GGACCAAGUACAGGAUCAAGCACAUGAUCAAGUACAUGUAGAGGGGGGAUUGGAGGAGGCGGAAGAUGGGCCGGAGGAGCUAGGAGGACUGGGCUUGGUAGGGGAUAGCGGAGGUAAGUCUGAGGACAAUCAGAAGGUUGAGAUGACAACAGGGAUAGAUGACGGUCAAGUGCAGCAGAAAACUUCUGUCACUGAUCCGGCUGUUGGUGCGAUGUUGGGAGAAGGUACAGGUACAGAACACGCUGGGGAUGCACCAAGGGACCCAGAAAACGGGACAAGUGCAGGUGGAGGUGUGGUCUCAGGGGAGCAAGGGGAGGUUCCAGGCACAACGACGGGCACGGCCAGGAUUCAGGGGUACAGACGAGAAGAGGCUAGGUUACGGGCUAUGCGGAACGUGCGCGAGCAAGACGCAGCGCUAAACAGAAAGCACACUCAACGCGCCGCACGAGCUUUGCAACAGGCGCUGGAUAAUUUACGCGCGAUAGAGGCAGAAGAGAAGGCAGAAGAGAAGGCAAAGAGGGAGGAAGAGGUGCAGGUGCAGGCGAGGGAACAGCCGGGGGUGGAGGAUACGGAGGGGCAUAGAGAGUCGACGGAGCAGAGUGUGGAGCAAGUGGAGCAGGCUGCAGAAAUUCCAGAGCAGCGGAAUGCGGGCGGCAUGGGGCGAUACAGCAGUUUAGAGCGGUUGGCGCGCAAGGACCAGCUGGAGCGCCAGGCGCGGAAAACAGCACUGGAGAAUAUAUUGGCACUGGAGAAAAGAAAACAAGCGAGCAUGGGGAACGGGGAUGAUGUGCGGCACAUCGCGCAGUUGUUCCUGCAGGAGUUGGAGCGCGCUGAUUUGGAGAACACUGCGCAGUGGCUGGCGGAGAAGCGGCUGUGGGCGCAGCGCGACGCGGACGUCUCGACGUGGAGAAGCGCGGAUGGAGUGGACCAGGGGAUAAUGGAGGACGCGGCGCUGCAAAUGGCGCGCGAGUAUUGGCAGAAGGUCAAGAGCGGAACAAUUGACAGUGAGCGACGUCAGGCGGAUACGUCGGAUUGAGCGGUUGUCAUGACUACGGUCACGGCAACAGCACACGGAAGUGACCGUACCCGAUCAGAUUGUUUCGUAUGUAAGCGUGUCAACGCCACAUCUGCAACUGACGUUACUCGAUCUCACAUGCACUUGUGAGAGGAUUGUGAACUGCCCUUGGCGCAUAGGGAGUCUGCGCACGGCCGAUGACUGCGAGGUCUCGACCUACUGAGACCAGUACUGCACUACAUAGGCUAGUGUUGUAUCGCCGCGCAGAGAAGUCGUCCGACUAGUCUUGGUGUGCGGCUUGCGCACACACACCCACGAGCACUUGCAAGAGAGACGGUGGUCAUUUAGAUACCGAACUGUUUUCAUAUUUGCGGUUGGGGUUGUGUCCAGGAGGAAACUUAACGAAUGAAGCACGUGCUUGCACCUGUACGUACACGAGAUGCUGUCCGUUACAGGAGUAUGCCUCUACGUAUCCACGCAUGCUCCUCUCCUGGACGUUUCCGCAUACUUUGUCAUCGCUCUGUCAGCGCUUCCCCACACGACUUGCAUUGUUUUGUGCAGGCCAAGCAACUUCGCUAUCGCCACAUCGCAUUGUACGUUGCUAUUCACAUUUCUAAUGUGUAUGCGUGUGGGUUCGAGGAGAGGGGCUAGACCAGUCCUCGAGUCUCUACACAGUUCCGUGUAAUUUUAAUCCACUGGUUAUUGUUGCGCUAUCUGUCUAGGUACACACUUUGUUAUUGAGCGGCAUUCAGAAUAGUCUGUGCACCUGCUUGGGACUUUUCAGGUCUUUGUUAAACGGGACUAUCAACCAGUACUGAAUUAGGACAUCUUUGACUCAGCUGCGAGGUCUUUUAGAAUAAUAAAUAAAUUGAUUUGGUCCUUUGUCCCAUAUAAGCUACGGGUUCUCUGAUCGCCUUAAGCACAGGAAGGAAGUUAGUUGUCAAUAUCAGACGCUUCGCACACACUUGGGACUUCAAACGGCUCUACCAACCUGUAUCAUCAACA